UUUUAACUAAUGACGCUUCACGAAGAUGAGUUGGUGCGGUCCUACAAAUUAGUGUAAACAAAUUUAGAAGCAGUGUUGGCAACCAAGAUGCCAGGCACAAGGAAAGGUUACGCUACUAUACAUGAUGCUGUCAAGCAUGGGGACGUCAUGGAGAUGGAGUCUAUGGUCAAGAAUGGUGCCAGUAUAAAUGAGGUCGAAGAAAAGGAUAAAUUCACCCCUCUUCACGCUGCUUGUAACAGUGGUGCUCUCGAGUGUCUACACUGGCUGUUAUGGCACGGUGCCGAUGCCACUGUAGUGACACCCAAAGGCUGGAGCCCGGCACACAUAGCCUCAAUACGGGGACAGGAUGCUUGUAUGCAGGCCCUUGUAAACAAUGGUGUGAGCAUGUCAACAAAGGACGCACGAGACAGUACACCAGCCCAUCUGAGUGCCUCUCAUGGGAACUCCUUUACCCUCAACACCAUUCUCAGAUCCGGUGUGGACGUUGGAUCUACAGAUACAAAUGGCUGGACCCCGAUACACUCAGCUUGUUACCAUGGACGUCUAGGGUGUCUCCAGUUGUUGUGUAAAUGGGGAGGUAGUCCUGAGGAGACUGACGAUACAGGAAAUACACCAGCACAUUUAGCAGCAUCAGAAGGACACCUACCUUGUCUAAAAUACCUAGUCAGUUCUGGGGUGAGUCCCAUGCAUGUCCUCGGGGCAAGAAACGAUCAAGGCGAGACACCAAAGGACCUUGCUCAACAAUUCUACAAAGAAUACAUCGUCGAGUACAUCAACGGCAUAGAGUGGGAAAGAGACCACCCUGACGAAGCAGAAAAUCUCUCCUUCCCGGCUCAUGUGGCAGCUUACGGUGGAGAACUCGACCAUUUACGCAUGCUGGUGGAAAACGGUGUCGUCAAUAUUAACGAAAGAGAUGAUAAAGGAUCGACACCUGCUCACAAAGCUGCUGGGAAUGGACAUCUCCACAUCCUUCAAUGGCUGAUUGAGAUGGGCGCAAACAUGACCAUUACAAACCAGGCAGGCGAGGCACCCAGAGAUGUAGCAAGACGAUUCUCACAGCUCGCUUGUGUCAAGUUACUAGGAGGAGAUCCAGAGGAGGAGACGACGAUAGUUGUUGGGGAAGAUGAAGAUGAGGAUGAUGUUACCGAUGGCAACACAGAGGGACGUUCAGUCCUACUUACAGAUAAACAACGCAAAGAAUCUCGAGGGCGAGCCCGACAAAAGUAUGAGGAACUAGAGAGACUACUGGAGGUGGCCAAGAAGAACUACACACAGUUAGGAGGACGACUCCUUGAGGACCGCAAACGUAACCAGGAGAUCAGAGACAAGGAUAAAACUAUCAGUGAGCUGGAGGCCCAGCUGGACUACGAGAGAUUGAGGAGAGAAAAGCUUGAGGCUCAACUUGACCAGUACAGGCGGGAAAUAGCUGACCUGAAAUACCAACUCCAGAGCCGCGACUACAACUCUGGGGAAAAUGUGGCCAUCAACAUACACGGCUCAAGGACAUAUGUAGACCAUGAGUCCAGCGACGCUGACAGCGAGUAUAUGGCAAGGCAAAGACGGUCAAAGAAAACUUCGAAAGGCAAGAAGAGUCUUGGAGAUGAUGGGAUAUUCAUAAAGCGGAACGUGUCGGCACCAAAAAGAAGAUCUAAAAGAGUAGUGUAAACUAGAAUCUCACAAAACACGACGGACAAAGAAAAAACAACAUGAACCAAUUGCAAUUGAUGACCAUUUAAAAGGCGGAUGUACGUAAUGAAGUUGUGACCAUAUGUUCGUACUUUUCCUUUUUUUUGGAGGUCUGAAGUCCAGUAUGAAUAAUCAGUAACUGCAAAGAUCCAAGAGAAAUUGCAAGAAAUGACAGUGACUGACGUUAGAUAAGACUUUUUUUACUGUCCUUUAAUUGUCACAGAAAUAAUAGUUUGAAUUUUUCGAAGCAAGCAGAAGCAAAAAUAAUUUGUUGAAAUAUUCAUGACUGACUAAUUUUCGUUGGGAAUGGACACGAAAACAACUGCUCAAAGAAAUUAUAGAGCUGCCUUUUACCUCCGGUACUCGGUCACAAUUGUAAGAUCCACUUUUUUCAUUACAUUCUUCACACGCAAAAUCUUUUGCGUUUGUUUAUAUAGUCAAGUGAAUUUUUAUUUUUAGAACGAUAGAAAGUAAAAUACAGAGCAACGAACAACGUCCUUUAUGAUUUGACCCACAAAGGUCACCCGCGAAAUGUUUGUGAUUUAGAAAAGAAGAUGGUUAUCAGGGCAAAAACAGUGUAUUUUUGCCAUUUAUGUUUAUAUACAUGACAUUAUGACGUUGUUCUCGAGAUUCCAAUCCAAAUAAUUUGAAACAAAUACUUGAUGCACCUGGUGACCCCUAUGUUGCCUUCUGACAGACCGUCUCAAGGCUCACACACGUGGUAGGUAAACCGGUACAGUAAUUUAUCUGCUAUUGUGCUUGAGAUCAAUAGGCUCAUGAUUGCCAUAUGUAUAGACAGAUCGAUGACACCAUAGCAAUAAGAGAGUAUUUAAAGAUGAAUGUUCGUUUGAUGGACGCAUCUUGUUGACUUGAUUUAAGGUAGAAUAAGCUAUAUUCCCGUCAUCCCAUUGGCUGUGGGAGAGCGAUCCCACAUAUGCGCCAUAUAGACGCUGGUAUUUUAUGAAUAGAUACAUUUUUUUUCAUUUGUUGUUGCGAGAAAGAUUUUUCUGUGCAAGUGCAUUAGGACUGGCAUAGACGCAGAGAAAAGGAAAAACUUUUGUGGAGGAAAAUGCUUCAAUAUUAUUCCCUAAAAUAGCUUAUAAUAUGCCCUUUGUUUGCUUUCAUCAUCAGGAAGUACAUUAACUUAAUAGAUAAUAGCUUAUUAGUUGAUUAUGGAUAAAAUAUAACGAAUCGCCAUCUUCGAAAGCGUGCGUAAGAAGAGGAAGCCGAUUGUCAUUUAAUAUGUCAUAAUUUGCUAUCAAACCAAAAAAAAAUUACACUUACACUAGAUUGUUUCAUUUAAGAACAAAUUACAUUUGUUUUCAUGUACAUGUAAUCUGUUUUUGUCGUUUUUCAUCAAUUCUUGUCAAUUUCUUUCCACUAACAAGAGAUUAUAUUCUGAUGUCUGAUUUGAAUAAUUACGGUAAUACAGUUACAAUUUCUUGAUGGAGUCAAUGUUUGCCUUAUUGAUUAAUUCAAUAUUCAUCUAUUUUGUAGGUCGUUUUAGAGUUUAUUACAUCGUAGGAAUGCAGAAGUCUGUUAUCUGUAUCUGAAUAAAGAUUCUGUAAUUGAUAUUGCGGUCGUUCUUCUACAGACUUGUGUUACAGUUAUAAUAUUCAUUUCUAAAUCAAUAAUUCUUUAUUUAUUUUUAAAUGUUCCGUAUAAGAUUGAAAUCUAAACGAAACAUAUCAUUUUAUGGGAGUAUCGUGUAUCUGAUUAACUUUGAUAGUUGUGCGCAAUGCCGUUUGAGGUUUGUUUCCAAUUUUGAAUAUGCAUUCUCUGAAUCUUCAUCACUAUUGUUUUAUAUGUAUAUAUCUAUACUACUGCAACCGUGUCAUGUCAUUGUUAAAUAAAUAUAACAAAUACAGUAAAACCUGUUAAUUUUCUAAGAAUCUCUAUCGAUGUUAGAAAUGAACUAGCAUUAGCAUAUCUACCUACAUCGUUAAUAACGUAUGGAUCGAUCGACUUGUCAUUAUGAUAAAAAAAUCCAGCUUAAAUUAAAUUACAGACAAAAAAGUUUCAAGAAAAUUAUUAAAUUGAUGUCUCCUCAGUUUCCUCAAUUAUCCCAAUAGCAAAAUCGCUGCAAGCAUACAUUUGUAGCAGGUUUAGACAAGUUCAUUGUUCAUUGAAAAUGUAUGUAAUUUAUGUUUAUGUAAAUGAAUGUACAUAUUAGCAUCUCUAAUUAAAGAAAUGAAUCGGCUUAAUACAUGUAAUAAACAAGGAUAAAAUAAUUGU